UUCAAAUAAGCACGAAACUAUAGGAAAAUUUACACAGCUCCCUAAAAUAAUAAUUCCGCCGCUCUCUGCCACGGCUGCGACGAGAGAACUGCGAGACCGGCGGGCUUUAAAAAAGCAUUCAAAUUCCAGGUUUCAACGCUCCUUCCGCCCCCUUCUUCUCUCUCAUCUACAGUUCUGAGCUCUGACACACCAUUUUUUCUCCGAAUAACGCUUUCAAAGCCCUAAUUCGUCCUGCUUCUAGCCGGAAAUUAAUCCACUAAUCUCUCUCCUCCGCUCGCUGCUAUGAGCGGAGCUCCUCCUUCCGGUAGUGGGAGGGAACUCGCUAACCCUCCCACCGACGGCAUCUCGAAUCUCCGCUUCUCAAAUCACAGUGACCACCUCCUCGUUUCGUCCUGGGACAAGAGUGUUCGUCUCUACGAUGCAAGUGCGAACGUGCUCAAGGGCGAGUUCAUGCACGGCGGCCCCGUUCUUGACUGCUGCUUCCACGAUGAUUCCUCUGGUUUCAGUGCGAGUGCGGAUUUCACUGUCCGGAGGUAUGUCUUUAGCUCAGGCAAAGAGGAUAUUUUGGGACGGCAUGUUGCUCCAGUACGUUGUGUUGAAUACUCCUAUGCUGCAGGUCAGGUUGUUACUGGCAGUUGGGACAAAACAUUGAAAUGCUGGGAUCCCGGAGGUGCAAAUGGGCCAGAACACACUCUUGUUGGAACAUACCCACAACCUGAACGGGUGUAUUCUCUUUCUUUAGUUGGCCAUCGCCUUGUAGUAGCAACUGCAGGGAGACAUGUAAACGUCUAUGAUUUAAGAAAUAUGUCUCAACCUGAACAGCGAAGAGAGUCAUCCUUGAAAUGUCAAACUAAAUGUGUGCGAUGCUAUCCUAAUGGUACAGGUUUUGCUCUUAGUUCCGUGGAGGGUCGAGUUGCUAUGGAAUUCUUUGACUUGUCUGAGGCAAGCCAAUCUAAGAAGUAUGGUUACCUUCUUAAUCUAUUUCAAGCGGUGGCAGUUUUAACCUUAUAUGGGACCUUUGCCACUGGAGGUUGUGAUGGUUAUGUCAAUGUCUGGGAUGGAAACCACAAGAAGAGGCUAUAUCAGUACUCGAAGUACCCAAGUAGCAUAGCAGCAUUAUCCUUUAGCAAAGAUGGUCGUCUGUUGGCCGUUGCAUCUAGUUACACUUUUGAAGAGGGAGAUAUACCUCACGAACAAGAUGCUAUCUAUCUUCGGAAUAUUAAUGAAGUUGAAGUCAGGCCAAAGCCUAAAGCAAUUCAUGCUGCUGCUCCCCUAUAAUUGAACACUCGUGAGAAGAAAAGGCUCGGAAGUCCAUGUGCAUUGGAAGGGAGCAGGUGAGGUUGUCCUAGCUUGCUGCACAAGCUGGUUGGAUUCAAAUGGUGCGCAACAGAAAAAAUGGAUUCAAUAUUUUGGAUAUGAAACAAUUGUUUCAUCAGCUCUCUUGGAUUCAGUAUUUUGUAUAGUAGGUCGUACAUCAUAAAAAACUUGAAUGUUUCCUUCCAAUUCUUGUUAAACAGAAAAAGUUCAA